CUAGGCAGGGGUUUCCUGGGACUGGGAGCGCGCACGGGGCGGCCGAGGCCGCACUGUGCUGUUCCCUCCACCGCCACCAUCCCACGCUGUGUGUGUGUGUGUGUGUGUGUCCCGGUGACGCGGGGCUGCAGGUCCAGUCCUGCCCUCCCGCCUCCCGCCAGGCCCCCAGGCUGUGACCUCAUCGCGGACUCCUGACCCCCGCCGUGCGGUGCUCAGCUGCUCCUCCCAGGCUCCCCCUCCCAGUGGCACUAGCCGCGAUGCCAUGGAGGGUGACUGGCUGGCUGUAGGACCCCCAGGUCCUUCCCACCUGACAUGUGCGGGGAGGUGUCUCCAGCUGGACCUGGGGGUCCACUGGGCUGUGAGAACACGAUCAGUCAGUCGUGCGGGACGGAUUUGAGUGCUGCGGGCUGGGACUCAUGGGGACCCUGACUCAGCCAGCAGGGCUGGAGAGCCCCACUGCCCUGCUGCAGAACCAGCCCUGAGUGAGCGCUUGUGGUCAUGUGCGGUUCUCCUGAGGAGGGCCCUCCUGGGGCCCGGGGGUCUCCAGUCCCUGCUCUGGCUCCUCUGCCAGCACUGCUGUCUUGUAGCUGAUGAGCUUUGCUCUCAUCCCUCUGGUCCUCGUGCAGGUGAAGACACGGAGGCAAGAGGAAGAGGUUGCUCCGCGGGCCGCCGAGCAGUGCCAGGCCCUGUCUGCUGAGCGCGUGGACGCAGGAGGAAGGAGCCGGCGCUCUCUGGUCCCCCUCCCCCCGGCCGCGCGAGGCCCGGGGAGCUGUGCGGACAUGAAGUUCGGCUGCCUGUCCUUCCGGCAGCCGUAUGCGGGUUUCGUCUUAAACGGGGUCAAGACCCUGGAGACGCGCUGGCGGCCCCUGCUCAGCAGCCAGCGGCACCGCACGCUGGCCGUGCACAUCGCGCACAGGGACUGGGAAGAUGCUGCCUGGCGGGAGCUGCUGGGGGAGCGGCUGGGGAUGAGCGCCGCCCAGAUCCAGGCCCUGCUGCAGGCCGGGGAGAAGUUCGGCCGCGGGGUGAUAGCGGGGCUCGUGGACGUCGGGGACACCGUGCUGUGCCCAGAAGACCUGAGUGCCGAUGAGCUCGUGGAGCUGGAGAACCAAGCGGUCCUGACCGGCCUGCAGCACAAGUACCUGACGGCGCUCGCGAACCCCCGGUGGCUGCUGGAGCCCGUCCCCAGGAGAGGCGGGAGGGACGUCUUCCAGGUCGACAUCCCCGAGCACCUGAUCCCCUUUGGGCAGGAAGCCUGACCAGCGUGGGCUCUCGAGGGAAGGUGACCGAGAGACCGGCUGAACCGUGACGCUGUCAACUCGCCGUCGCGCCCAGACGUGCCCAUCUGGUUCUGUCUGGAUUGGCGCCGCCCACUCUGUGCUGUUGGCGGACACAGAUGUGACACUCGGGUGCCAGGAUCGGGGGGCGGGGGGGGCUCCCUGUGCGCUGCCACUCGGGGCUCGGUGACAGCAUCUCGAGGACUUGGACCUUUAGGCAAAGGGGCAGCUGCCCUGGCCUUGCUUGGGUCCUGCUGAUCUAGACGUGAUAGGGAGAGGGGUUUGGAGAGAACCGGGGGGUGUUUGCCCCCUUUGCUCCGGUGAAGACUCCUAGGAUGUUUGAACAGCGUCGGGGCCGGUGGGGAAGGCUGGCAGCGGGCACUGAAGGCUUGCCUGGGAGUGACCGGCCGGCGACGGCCUGGUUCCCGGGGAAGGGGACGGCCGACUCAGAAACGGGGCGCUGUCUGUCCGCGCAGGGGCUGCCUCUUGUCCCGUUGAAAAGCAUCCCCAGGCUCAGGAAGCGCACGCGUGAGCCGUGCUGCUUCACGUCCAAAGAAAGGCCCCUAAAUCCAGCCCUGCUGGCAAGGUGAGAAGUGCUGCCGUUCCCUUGCUGGACACCUUUUACUGAUGGGUGGGCUUUGGGCUCAUGUGUUAGCGGGGUUUCUAGUGCCUGUUGCCUGUGCGGGUGACGGGCUUUCCGCCAGGUGUUGGCCGGAGCGGCCUGUCCCCGGUGAGCCAGGCUGCCCUGCUCACCCGUCCCUUGGCGGGGGGUGGCGGGGGGGUGGCCCUGGCUUCCGGGGUCUUCUUUGGGAGGCCCUGGACGGUGAGCAGAGGACGCUCAGCUGCUGAUCAGAAACUUCUGGCAUCCCAAGGGGGCCCGUGAGGAAGACCUUUCGGCUGCAGCACGCACGAGGGGUGGGACAUGCUGCCCACGGUCAGGAGCCGGGCCGCUCUGUCUCCUGACCGGCAGGCAAGGCCCGGGGACCAGACCUUCCGGGGCUGGCCCAGUGCCCCAGCCACAUCCUUGGCCGCGUGUGCGACAUGCUGCCGCUUCAAGUGCAAGCGGACGACGGGACCGAAGCCGACUCGGGCCGGGGUUUGCAGCCUCGCGGGGCUUCCGUGGGGACGUGUGGCGAACAGAAGGUGAGAGAGAGAGAGAGCACAGACUCGCGGUUCUCAUUCCGUGGUUUAUUUCCUCCCGUGGGGUUUUGCUCGUCUUUAUUGAGGCCCAGGCUGGGUUUCUGGUUCGGGGUGGUGCUUUUUGUCUGUGACCAGGGCCCGCGCGCUCAGGGACUUGGGUUGUCCUUGAACGGCUCGCAGAGGGCACUCUUGUGAUCUGAGGAGCCCUCCUGCCCCUCGUCCCCUUCGGGGGCCUCGUUUGGGGCCGUGACUGGAAGGGCCACCAGGAGGAUGGAGGAGCAGAUGGUGUACAGAGACAGCACCGAGCCGUACGCUGGGCAAACCGGGAGGCUGGUGGGCACGUCCCCUGCACUGUCACUUCCGGCGGUAGCCGGGGGCCCACACAUGACAUUCCUGGACGUGCCCUCCCCACUGGGGCCACCUUGCUCACGGAGGGGCUGGUGUGCCCCGGCCUGCCCGGCUACACUGCUCCUGGACCAGAGGCCAGAGAACGUGAAAACCCGGGUGGCACCGGGCCCCUGAGCACUGGGAGCUUCCUUCGGGGCCUUGGAGCUGGCGGCCUCCUUGGUGGGAUCCUGGAGACGGAGCCGCGGGGAGCGUCUCGUGGGCAGGAGCUGCUUCUUUCUCUUUGGGCCCGGCCCGCUGGCUCCCCGCGGAACCCGCGCUCCCUGGAUGUUCUCGACCAGCAGAGGCUUGUCUCUCUGAAAGUUGGAGUUGCGGUAGAUCUGAAACGAGAGGGGUCAGGUUAGCCGUUCCGGGAGAAAAGAGGCGCCCUCCCCCGAGGGCCCGCAGGAGCCGGGGGUCAGAGGCCUCCGCCUCGCCUGGCACGAGCUCACGCCGCCUGGGCCCAGGUGUUCGCCUAGCUGCCUGCCACCAAGUGACCCCCCCGGAUCUGUGCCGCCCCCCCCCGCAGGUUUUCUCUAAGCGGGUGGGUUUAAGGGCACAGGCUCCCUCUUGGCCCCUUUAGCCCCGUCUCCGGUGAAGAAGGCGCCCCUCGGAAAGGGGAGCCUCUGGGCCCGUCCGGCGUCUGGUCUGCCCGGAAGAGGCUGGUGCAGCCGCGAGCGUAGGGCGCAGAGGGCCACUACGCUACCAUCAUCCGCUCCUUGCCCGGAGAGCCCGCCGAAGGGCCGGCCGGGCGUAGUUUGCUGAAUCCGUGGAGGUUCAGCUGCCGGAUGAAGCCCUUCAAGCUGUCUGCCUCCAAGAUGCUCUCCGCGCCUCUGCGGUGGAGAACCUCCCUCUGGAAGAGCUCCUGGUCGAUGACCAUCGCGUCGCCCGCGUCGUUCCAGCGCACAGACGGGAAGGCCUCGUCCUCCGCCACCAUCCAGAGCUUUCUGGGGAAGGAGAGCCCGAGCCCGCGGCUGUUCGCCGAGCCGACGGCGCCUCGGCUGGGGCCCGGGGCGGGCGGGUUGUCUCGGGGGCCUGGCUCUGGGCUCUCGGCUCCGUCUCCGCGCUUCUCCGGGGCCUCCCUCGAGUCCCCCCCAGGAUCCGGGGAGGGGCCUGGUGCCGGCUCCCCCUCAGCCGACGGGGCCCGCGUGGCUGGGCCUGCCUCGUGGCUACUCGGACUCGCCAUGGACCAAGGCUAGAUCCGGAGCAGCGGCCUCUGCCCGAGGCCGUAUCUCGGGCCUCUCGGGUCAGAAGUGCCUUCCGUCCGGGUGGGGUCGCCCAAUAAAUACGGUCCGCAGCGUUCCAGAA